GCAGGGGGCCGCCGAGCAGGGCGGGCGGGGCCCACCCCGGGCUCCAGAUGCCGGAGCCGCCCUGGAAGGGAAUCCGGUGGUGGGGAGCCCUGUAAUGCGUCCAGCCCGACGCCUCCACGGCCCCCAUAUGCGUUUCUGUAUGUGGUGUUACUUUGGAAAGCAAGGAGAUUCAGAGCAGUGGGUGUUUCUGGAACCCCUGAGUUGUUUCGUAGCUUUUCUGGCAUCACUUGUCUUCCUGUGAAAUGGGAGCGAGGCCCGAGUCCCCCUUGUGAGCUGUUGGAGGUUAAGGCGCGGCCACGCUGGACAACCUCCUGCAGAUGGAGGAGUGGCAGGCACUGCCGGUCCUAAGGAUCACAGAGGCCUGAUGGCAGAGAAGGGCACUCUCUAUUUGUAAAGGUCUGGAGAACAAGAGCAGUGACUUCGGCUCCGGAGCUUCAAUAUAGUGGCCUGCUUGGCCUGCCCAUCUCGGGUCUCUCCAGGAGGACCCAGCCACUUAAGGGUCGUCUUCUGCUGCUGACCCCCAUCAAAUCCCAUCAUGCCCACAGCCCUGUGCCCCCGAGUCUUGGCUCCGAAGGAAAGUGAGGAGCCCAGGAAAAUGAGGAGCCCACCUGGAGAGAACCCUAGCCCCCAAGGGGAGCUUCCCAGUCCCGAGUCCUCUCGGCGCCUCUUCCGCCGUUUCCGCUACCAGGAGGCGGCGGGCCCCCGGGAGGCCCUGCAACGCCUCUGGGACCUGUGCCGGGGCUGGCUGCGGCCUGAGAGGCACACCAAGGAGCAGAUUCUGGAGCUGCUGGUGCUAGAGCAGUUCCUGGCCAUCCUGCCCCGGGAGAUCCAGAGCUGGGUGCGGGCGCAGGAGCCUGAGAGCGGAGAGCAGGCUGUGGCCGCGGUGGAGGCACUGGAACGGGAGCCCGGGAGACCCUGGCAGUGGCUCAAGCACUGUGAAGACCCUGUGGUGAUUGAUGAUGGGGACAGCCCUCUGGACCAGGAGCAGGAGCAGCUGCCGGUAGAGCCCCACAGCGACCUUGCAAAGAGCCAGGAUGCCCAGCCCAUAGCCCUGGCACAGUGCCUGGGGCUCCCAAGCAGAGCACCAAGCCAGCUCAGCGGGGAUCCAGUUCUGCAAGAUGCUUUCCUUCUUCAGGAAGAGAAUGUGCGGGACACACAGCAGGUGACCACCCUCCAGCUACCCCCGAAUCGGGUUUCUCCGUUCAAGGACAUGAUUUUAUGCUUCUCUGAAGAGGAUUGGUCCCUUCUAGAUCCUGCCCAGACUGGCUUCUAUGGAGAGUUCAUCAUUGGGGAGGAUUGCGGGGUCUCAGUUCCUCCAAACGAGCUAGCGGCCCAGCCGGAUCUCUCCCAGAGAGAGGAGAAUGAGCCUCGCGUUCCAGAGCCGCAGGAUCUGCAGGGGAAAGAAGUGCCCCAGGUCUCCUACUUGGACUCUCCAAGUCUCCAGCCAUUCCAAGUAGAAGAAAGGAGGAAACGUGAGGAGCUGCAGGUGCCGGGGUUCCAGGCCUGCCCACAGACGGUGGUGCCUCAAAACACCUACCCAGGCUACACCAGUGGCCCCUGCAGGGCUGGCCAGGCCGUCCCGGUCAUCGAGGAACAUUGUAAAAAUAAGGCUGGCGGCAACCCGCGAUCUCUAGAGAACAGCCUGGACGAAGAAGUGACCAUCGAGAUCGUUCUGUCCAGCUCUGGGGACGAAGACUCCCAGCACGGCCCGUACUGCGCGGAAGAGCCGGAGAGCCCCAAAGAGGAGCAGCGCAGCCUCCCCGCUUCCCACCGGCGCAGCGCCGAGGCUGGGGGCGAGGUGCAGACCUCCAAGAAGUCCUACGUGUGUCCGAACUGUGGGAAAAUCUUCCGCUGGAGGGUCAACUUCAUCCGACACCUGCGAAGCCGCAGGGAGCAGGAGAAGCCGCACGAGUGCUCAGUGUGCGGGGAGCUAUUCAGUGACAGCGAGGACCUGGAUGGGCACCUGGAGAGCCACGAGGCCCAGAAGCCUUACCGGUGUGGUGCCUGCGGGAAGAGCUUCCGACUCAACUCCCACCUGCUCUCCCACCGGCGGAUACACCUGCAGCCGGACAGACUCCAGCCAGUGGAGAAGAGAGAGCAGGAGGCGUCCGAGGACGCGGACGAGGGUCCCAAAGAGCCGCUGGAAAAUGGCAAGGCCAAGCUGAGCUUCCAGUGCUGUGACUGUGGGAAGGCCUUCCAGCGGCACGACCACCUGGCUCGGCACCGCAGCCACUUUCACCUGAAGGACAAAGCCCGGCCCUUCCAGUGCCGGUAUUGCGUCAAGAGCUUCUCGCAGAACUAUGACCUCCUCCGCCACGAGCGCCUACACAUGAAGCGCCGUUCCAAGCAGGCUCUGAACUCCUACUGAGCCUGCCCACCUGGGGCGGCCUCACCCUGGCCGGUGCUGCCCCCUCACAUUGGUACUGAUCAGCGCCCCCACCCAGGACGCCCCUUCCCCAGGAUAGAGAGCACACCUCCCUCCUGUCCUUGCUCUCAGGUAGUGAGCGUUCGGGUGGUGCCGUGGGAGCACUCUCCCUCCCCCAGGUAUUGAAAGAGUGGCCAAGUGAGUGUUGUGUUUCUGCUGUGCCAAAAAUCGGGGGGAUGUGCCACCACCAGGUUGGACAUGCCAGGUGUUCUGCGUCUUAGAGACCCCUGCCCCGUGCUCCCCAAGCUCGGGGAGUAAAACGGUUAUCCCCCGUCGGGGCGGCACCCUGGUCACCAGCCAAACCUCAGUAUACUCCCUCUCUCCCUUCCCUGUCUGAACCUGAAGCUUCAGGGUGCCUGCACUUCCACUGAGAAGCUGCUGGAGGGUGUUGGAUUGGAGGAGGGAAGAAGGCAGGGUGGGACUGACGGGUUCAGUGGGGAGCAGGGUCAGGCACACUGAGCCAGACUUGUCAUGUCUGAGCCCAAGAUUCGUGGCCAUCAGGUAGGCAGGAGCACCCCGCAGAUCCAAGAUGAUCAGGCAGCCCUUUUGGGCUUGGAGUCUGUGGCAGGGGUCUGCAGAGCUCCUUCUUCAGGUUUGGUAACAGUCAUCAUACCUUUUGAUUUUCCUGAGGGCCAGUUACUAAGCAUCUGGAGCUCACCGAAAACAAAGCUUACAUUUUAAUUUGUGUUGCACACCCACCCCAUAGUGUCUUCAUACCCCAGAGAUCCUUGGUAAAUGCUUGCGGGUUGGAAGCUGCGUGGUCAUCGUUUAAAAGGCACUUAAAAGUCCCUUCUUCCAAUCUGUCCUGUCUGGGAAUGUGGAGCUCAGCCCCCAGUGAGGGGUUCUCCUGUCCCGUGAGCCAAGCUCCAGAACAGAACCUUCCCGACAUCACACUUUACAUAUACAUUAGCUUGGAGUGCUGGUGUGUCCAUUUUCUAGGUCUGUUGUAACGAAGUACCGCACACUGGCUGGCCUAGAACAACAGGAGCGUGUUCCCUGCUAGAUCUGUUGUAACGAAGCACCGCACACUGGCUGGCCUAGAACAACAGGAGCGUGUUCCCUGCUAGGUCUGUUGUAACGAAGCACCGCACACUGGCUGGCCUAGAACAACAGGAGUGUGUUCCCUGACAGUUCUGGGAGCUGCACAUUCGAGAUCAGGAUGUCCUCAGGGUUGGUGCCUUCCGAGGGCUGUGAGGGAGAAGUGGCUUCAUGCCUUUGCUGGCAGUUGCCGUUCCUUGGUGUGUGGAAGCGUCACGCACUCUCUGCCUUCAUCUCCACGUGGCAGUCUUGCUGUGGCGUGUCUGUCCCCAAGCCUCCCUUUGUUUAAGGACACCAGUCAUAUCGGAAUAGAGCCCAUCCCACCAACUCCAGUGUAAUGUCUUCUGUGUCCGCAGCAGCUGUUUACCAAUAAGGUCACAUUCUGAGGUACUAGAGGUUGGGACUUCAUCAUUGGAAUUUGAAAGGGACAGCAUUGAGCCCGCGACUCCGGAUAAACGUGAGGUAUGCUAUCAUUCCUGAUUCACAGAUGAGUCAGUACAAACUUGAGUGAGCUUGCUCACUGUUCGAUCGAAGGCAGUGUUCAGACCCAAGUUUGGCAUUCAGGGCAGGUGUCCUCUGCGUGGAAGAAUCUUACUCAGUAGCCUUAAGGCUGACAAAUUCCCCUCCUCCCUGCCUUCUGAUGGGGGCUGGGCAGGCCAGCUGGAGCUGUGUCUCCUGCUGGGAUUCUGGACUGAGUGACAGUGGGUAGUGAAACCUCAAGCAUUUUAAAACGUGGUAUUGUUCCUGGAAGACUGGUUAUGUUGGCUAGGGUCAGCAAGAGAGGGCAUCAAGGCUGUAGUCUAGCAGUGACUUAAUCUGCAAGUCACACCAGACGGGUAUUUUGUAUUAUUCAUAUGUCAGAUCCUACCAACAGGCAGUGAGCCAGGCAGAGCUCCUGGUGCUCCUUGUCACUCAUGUAAUUUUCACAUCAAGAAAACUCUGGGCCGGGCGCAGUGGCUCACACCUGUAAUCCCAACACUUCGGGAAGCCAAGGUGGGUGGAUCGCCUAGCUCAGUGACACCAGCCUGGGCCACAUGGCAAAACCCCAUCUCUACCAAAAAUACAAAAAAUUAGCUGGGUGUGAUGGUGCACGUUUGCAGCCCCAGCUACUCUGGAGGCUGAGGUGGGAGGAUUGUUUGAGUCUGGGAGGCAGAAGUUGCAGUAAGCCAAGAUUGUGCCACUGCACAAGCUGGAUGACAGAAUGAGACCCUGUCUCAAAAAUAAUUUAAAAGCCUCUGCCCCAAACUCAUUAAAAGAUUUUAUAACCACAACUACUGUUUCUGUGUAGAUGCAGCUGCGUGCCCAGGAGCAGUAAAUGCAAUAAAAUCAUUUGGUUAUACUUUGAACACAAACGGUUGAGGCUUUUGCUUUCUAAAUAGUUUGUCCCUUGUAUCAACAUAUCUGGAAAAGGGAGAAAUCCGAUUUUUAAGGCCAAGGGAGGGGCAAAUUCCAAGUAGAAGCCAGGCUGUCCUAGCACGUUUACCCCACCUACCUGUGUGCUCCUACCUGUCCUGAGGAUUCUCUCAGUACCUCUGAGGUCUUGAGAAGGUUGUUCACCUUCCUGCUUCAGACGUCUGACUCAGAGAAGAACAUUGUUCUACUUACCAGAGUGUUUUCUGUGUAAAACCACAUCAUGAAGGAGAAAGCGACAAAGGGAAUGUGAGGGGACUGGAAACCACCGGGAGGCUGUCUCUUGAGUCCCCACCACCGAUGCAGAGCCAACCAAGGCACCUCAGGAAAUGGAAUUGCCUCUGGAUUUGGAAAUCCUCCUGGGUAAUGUAGCUGAAACCCAGGUUGAUGCCAUGCAGCAGGAGCAGCUGGGGGAACCGGCUCUCAGGAGAGGUCUGCCAACCCUCCAGCCCAACACCCUUCACCACGGUGGUGGAGGGGGCUGCACCCCAGUGAUCUUUGUCUCCCUUUUGACCACUGAUACCUUUGGCCUUAGCUGAGAACAGCUACCCCUCGGUCCUUCCCCCCCACCCCAGGGGCUGGGUAGCUGGCUGGAGCUAUGUCUCCACCUUGCUCUGGAGGUUGAGACCCCAUCUGAGCAACAUCCUCCCUCUUCGUUCCUCCGAUCCCUUGGCAUCGCCACAAAACCACAGGUGCAUAAUAACUCACUGAGUCAA